AUGUUGCCCCGUAUUUUCCGAACACCCGUCGCCGCCGCGCGCCGUCUCUCGACACAGGCGGCGGCAGUCGCGGUGUCUCCGUCCAACGAUGCUCAGUCGAGAUAUAAGAAAAGGGACUCCAAGGACAAGGGGCUCGCGGCGGCUCAGACCGAGGUGGCCGGACCAGGAGACCUAACUACCGCCGCGAAGGAUGAUGAGAUCGCUAAAUCCGGCGGCGGCGGCGGAAGGGACGCGCUGGCGCGGCGGCUCUUCUCUCUUGUGUACUCGAAGCGUAGCGCCGCCGUGGCUAUACGGAAGUGGAAGGAGGAAGGCCAAGUAGUCCAAAAGUACGAGCAGAAGUACGAGGUGGCGGACGUCGCGAUCAGGCUGGAUUUUCCGGUCUGUGAAUGGAUGAGAACACAGGACGACAUGAAACUCGUCUCGGGGGAUUACGCUGUCCACCUAGACCUAAUUGCAAAAAUGCGGGGCCUAAACAGCGCCGAGAAAUUCUUCGAGGACCUCCCUGAAAAUAUGAGAGACCACGCCACGUGCUCCUCCCUCCUCCACACCUAUGUCCAGCACAAAGAGCCCGAAAAAGCAGAGGCCCUAAUGGCAAAAAUGUCCGAAUGCGGCUUCUUGAAGAGCCCCUUACCAUACAAUCACAUGUUGGCUCUAUAUCUCUCGACUGGCCAGCUCGAAAAAAUUCCCGUACUCAUCAAGGACCUCAAAAAAAAUAUCACUUCCCCCGACACAGUGACUUACAAUCUCUGGCUGGCUGCGUGCGGGUCCCAGAACUGUGUCGAGACUGCUGAAAAAGUUUUUCGAGAACAAAUUAACGCGAAAAUCAAUCCCGAUUGGGUAACCUACAGCACUUUGGCCAGCAUUUAUAUAAAAAAUUCGAUGCGUGAUAAGGCCGAAUCCUCUCUGAAGGACAUGGAGAGAAAGAUAACUAAAAAAGACCGAGCGGGAUUCUCUUCCUUGAUCAGCCUGCACGCAAGCCUCGAAAAUACGAGCGAGAUUCUUCGUUUGUGGAAGUUAAUGAAAUCGACUUACCGAAAAUUGAACGAUGCUGAGUAUACUUGCGUGAUAUCAUCCUUGCUGAAAGUCAAAGACUUUAAAGAGGCGAAUAAAUUUUACGAUGAGUGGGAGUCUAUUUCACCCACUUCCGAUUCAAGAAUACCUAAUUUGCUAAUUGCCGCUUAUAUCAACAGUGAUCAAAUGGAGAAAGCGAAGGACUUUUUCGAACGGAUGGUGAAGAGAGAAACAGUUCCCGGUUAUACCACUUGGGAGCUUCUCACGUGGGGUUACUUGAAAGAGAGGAAUCUUGAAAAAGUUCUUGAUUCGUUCAAGAAAGCCGUUAAGAGCGUGAGAAAGUGGGACCCGGACGAGAAAUUGGUGCACGAGGUGUUCAAAAUUGUCGAGGAUUUUGGGAAUGUGGAUUGUGCAGAAGAGCUGAUCAGGAUUCUCAGGCGAGCGGGUUAUGUGAAUGCGGAGAUUUACAAGUGCUUGCUUAGAACAUACGCGAAAGCUGGUAAAAUGGCGCUCGUUAUGGAGGAGAGGCUGAAGAAAGAUGGCGUGGAGGUGGAUGAGGAGAUUAAGAGGCUGGUGCAGUUGACGAGCAAAAUGUGCGUAGGCGAAAUUCCGAGUGAGGUUUGA